AUGUCGAAACCAACUACAGAAGCUACCAAAAAGUUAAUGAAUCUACUAUAUUCAUCAACCACAUCGCAGAUAUCAGCUAGCAAAUCCAUAAUAUCAGAUGUUACAACGCCAAAGAUUUCACGAAUGUUGUAUUAUGAUCAAGAACCCACAACAACAAUACCAUCAACAUCAAAUAUACCAAUGACAUUUGAUAAUAUUAGUUCUAAACUUAAAAUACCAUCCGAAAAUGCAUUAUUAUCAUUAUGGCCUAAUUUCAGAUCAAAUAUUUUACAAUUUAAAUGUCCUAAUUCAUAUAUAACUAAAUAUGAUUUUUGGAAAUUAAUACCAAAUGAAAGAAAUUGUAAAUAUAAUUUAAAAUUAAAUCCAACAUUUGAAAUUAUUAAAAAAAGAAAUAAUCAAUUAGAUUUCAUGAAUGAAUAUUAUUUAAUUUUUGAAAAUCAAUUAAAUGCUUGUGUUUAUAUUAAAGAAACUGAAGGAAAAUUAAUUAAUGGAAUUAAAUUAAAUUUUGAAUUUAUUGAAUUAAAUAAAAAAAUAUUAGAAUCUAUGAAUUUUAAAAAAAUUAGUGAUUUUAAUAAAAUCAAUGAAAUUUUAAAUUUAAAUGAAAAGGUAGUAGGAGUAGAUGAAGAUGACAAAGAUUUGAUGAGUAAUAUUAAAUUUGAUAAUUUUGAAGUAUUGAAAAAUUGGUUAAAUGUUGAUAAAAGAGAGAAUUAUGUUAUUGUUAGAAAUUGGCCAUUUGGAUUAAAUGAAUCUAGUGUUUUUAGAUUAUUAUGGAAUUAUGAUUUAAUUAAUAUAAUUGAUGUUGUAUCUGAUGUUACAAAUGAAAAAAGAACAGUAUUAUUGGAAUUUAAUAAUUUUAAAGAUGCAAAUAGAUUUAUUAGGAAUUAUCAUGGUAGAAAAUGGGAUUAUUUACAAGGAAAAAGUAACAAACGUCAUAAAGAAACCAUAUUUUAUCAACCUUUAUUAUGUGAAAAACUAUAA